AUUGAAACUAGUUUUACUGUUGAAGAAUUUUCUCAGUCUCUUGUAAAGUGUUAUGGAUUAACUAGAGAUCCGAAGUCUGAUAGCUUUAUGCUCGUUCUUCAUAAAAUGGAUAGCGAUUUACGUGAUUUUCUUGUAAAAAAUCCAAAAUUAUCUUGGAAAUCGAAACUGAAGAUGGUUCGAAAUAUCGCUAAUAGUAUUAGAAAAUUGCAUAAUAAAGGGAAUAUACAUAGAGAUUUACAUCCAAAAAAUAUUUUAGUCAAUGAAGAUAAUUGUCAUUGCGUAGUUUCUGAUUUUGGCCUUUGUGGUUCAUCUAAUCGAAUUUACGGAAACGCUCCUUAUAUUGCACCUGAACUAUGGUAUGAAAAUAGACCUGAUGCUAUAACAAUUAUGAAAGGGAUGGAAAAUUUACUUAAAGAUAUUUAUCAAAAGGAAGAUAAAUUUGAAUUGAAGCUUACUCCGAUUAUUCCUAAAAAAUCCAGAAAACAGAAAAUUUUAAAAAGCGGCAAAGAAAUUGUUAAAAUGUUCAAAGUUUUAAAAAAUCUCAACAAAUAUAAUGUUUCUACAAGAAGCAUUAAUAUGAAUAAACGUCUAAUUUUAUUCAUGAAACAUGAUGAGCAAAAUGUUUCCGAUGAUACAUCUUUAAUUUUUGAACAAGAUCAGGAGUAUUGUUUGGUUGACAUUAUCCCUGAUGAUACGUCUUUAGUAUCUGAACCAGAUGAAGAGUAUUAUCCCAUGCGAAGAUGUUCAUAUUUAAUUCUGGAGUAUAAUGAUAUAAUAGAUGAUAAAGCAAAUUUAAUCAAUGAUUAUUAUAUAUUAUUAAAAUAA